CUUUUUGUUUUCCACAAGGAAAAAAAGAAAAAAUGUGAAGAGGAGGAGAGAGUUGUGUCUCAGCUGUCCAUUCUGGGUCCAAUUGGAGAUCAAGAAGGACCUUCUCAGUCCAGUGACACCCAUGUGGAACACCUUCCAGAGCCCAGGCUCUGUCAUGAAGCUACUGAGAGAGAAAAUGCAAAUGAUGCCUGCGAUGCCCCACCAAACGCGGCAACCCUAGAAAAUGAAGGAUCGCCAGAAACUACUGUAUCAGAGUCCCCAAUCAAGGAGGAAGAAUUUGCAGCAAGAGCUGUACGGGAGGCAAAAAAUCUUGGGGAAAACCCAGUGAACCCUCAGAGCCUCACUGAAGCAGUUGUUAUGGAAAGUUCAACCUGCCCCAUACCGGAAAAUAAUGCAUUUUGCACGGCUUCUCCCAUGGGAAAUGGGCAUGAGACGGAAGCUGGGAAUGUACACAGCGAAAAACGGUAUCUUUCCCAUUCUUCAGAAGACGUUCUUGCCACCGUCUCUGUCCCCAGCAAAGAUAACGGCGAACACCUUCGGAACUCUGGUUUCAAAACUCUUUAUCCGGAACUCCCAUUGGAGUUAUUCGGAGAGCGGCUGCAGCUCCCAAAGGAGAGGCUGUAUCCUGAGAUCCCAGUGGAACCAGAGCUGGUGCCUUUUACCAGAGAGCAGCUGAAGGUCUUUGAGCCCUGUUCCUGGUUGGAGAAUGUCGAUUCUUAUGCGGAGGAGUUUGGGACCAUUGUGCACCAGGAGAGGCACGAGUUCUUUGAGUUGCUGUUGAACUACUGGCGCUGUCGCAAGCAGUUGCUUCUCGCCGAGGCUGAGCUGCAGACCAUCGCCUCGGAUUGCCAAAGCGUCAGAGGCCGGCUGUGGACUUUCAAGGACGAGCAGCAAUCCGUCCAGGGUGUCUGUGUUGAUCAGUGCAAAGUGUCCGGCCGCCAUUGUUACCAAACCGUUGAGCUGAAUGAAGGUGCCUUGGGAGACCUGAAGAGGCUCUUUGAAGCCCAAGCUGAGCAUGUGCACCAGACGCUGGCCUUGCACUUGUACACCUCUGUGUUGUCCCGCCUGCAGGUGGAGUCUUACAUCUGUGGAUUGCUACAUCGCUCUUCCUUGCUGAGGUCUGUGGGCAUUCAGCAACAGGAGCCAGUACUGAAACAAGCAAAAGACAUUUCCUCAGAUGUGGGCCCCUUGAAGGAAUGCAUCAGCGUUCUCUUCAGUUUUACCCGCCGAGUUGUUGAAGAUCCUCAGUUUGAGAGAGAUGUCCUCUCGUGGCUUCAGAGGCUGGUGGCCGUCUUGCAAAAGGUUGGCUCUCCAGGGGACCAUCUUUUCCUCUUAAACCACAUCCUUCGCUGCCCAGCCGGUGUCAGCAAAUGGGCUGUUCCAUUCAUUCAGAUCCAGGUUCGGGGUAACCCAUCCAGCGUCUUUCAUUUUAUGCAGUCCCUUGCUUUGCUUAUGUCUCCUGCCAAGAAUCGAGCGGAGUUUAUGUGCCACAUGAAGCCAAGCGAACGGAGGACCUCCUCCUCAUCCGGGAAGGAAUCUGGAAACUGGACUUUAGUUGAUGAAGGAGGAGAAGAGGAUGAAGAUCCUGAUACUGGCUGGGUUCUUCUUCUGGAAGAUGACUUAAUUGCACUGCUGUCCCAGUUCCCCUUUCAUGAACUCUUCCAGCAUAUCCUUGGAUUUGAUUCUCAAGGCAUUUAUGUUCCAGAAAAAACCACCCCCCAAGAGAUGAUGAAAAUAUUUGCGUUCGCGAACUCUUUAGUGGAACUUCUUGCUGUGGGACUGGAAACAUUCAACAGAGCCCGUUACAGGCAGUUUGUGAAACGGAUCGGCCGCCUCAUCCGGAUGACCCUUUGCUAUGUGAGUGAUCACUGGGCGCAGUAUGCCGGCCAUGCUAAAGACUGUGGCUAUGCAACACACUCUUACUCUGUCGAGAAACUGCAAGUGGAGUUUGAUGAGCUGUUUCUGAGGGCUGUGCUCCAUGUUCUGAAAGCAAAAAGGCUCGGGGUGUGGCUGUUUAUGUCUGAGAUGCCAUAUGGGACCCUGUCCAGUAAUAUGCUCUGGAAGCUCUUCUCCAUCAUGCACUGCGCAGAAAGCGAGAACUUGGAGAAGUUAGGUGCCACGGUGCAGCUCGCAGACUGCAAAUGCAAACUCAAAGUUAAUCUCCCCUUUCUCUUGGUUGGGGUGUUUGUGUGUGGAAUUUUCAGCCAGUUACAUUUGGGUGCUCAUGUGCCUAUUGUAUUAAGUGUCAGGGCUGGUGUUCUGGAGCCAAGUUAG